AUGAGCAGAGCAGACGCGACGAGCAGCGACGAAGCAGACUCUGAUUCGGAAAACCACUCGAUUGUGUCGACCGAUGACGAGCGAGGAGAAGGAUCGGCCGAGCACCGGGACCGAGGGGAGCAACAAGACGACGACCAGGCUUGGACGAGCGAAGACGUCCAAAAAGGUGAACUUUCACUUUUGUCGUUUGAGGACGUUCUAAAACUACGAAGCCGCGUGGGCACCAAAGCUUACGACCGAGCCGCCGGCGGGGGUGACUCCCGCCGCCCGCGCCCUACCGACCUGUGCAAGCGCCUCAACAAGAACAGGCCCUCGGAGGUCUCCUCCAAGAAACGGGCGCCCUUCCUCCGCCAGGUGGUCGCCGUCAAAAAGACUACGCUGAGAGAUCCUCGCUUUGACGACCUGUCAGGGGAGUACAAGGCGGAGAUCUUCGACAAGACCUACCGCUUCAUCGACGACAUCAGACGGCGAGAGGCGCAGGCGCUCCAAAAGCAGCUGAAGAAAACCAAGAAUGCCGACCGGAAAGAGAAGCUCGGCUCCCUCCUCAAGAAGAUGGCCAAUCGGGAGCGAGCGCGCCAGCAGCAGGAGGAGCGACGGACCAGAGAGCUCCAAUUCAAGAAGGAGCAAAGAGAACGAGCCGAUCGGGGCGCUCGACCCUUCUUCCUAAAGAAAUCUGAGCAGAAGAAAGCGGCCCUGGCGGCGAGGUUCACUCAGUUGAAGAAGAGCGGCAAGUUGGACGCCUUCCUCGGCAAGAAGAGGAAGCGCAAUGCCGGCAAAGAUCGGAGGAAGCUGCCGCCGCUGCACGGGCGCGCCACCGCUUCUUCGUGA